GAGUUGUGACGUUACGUCUUGGGUCUUGGUUAGAAGUUUGUGGUUUGCCGAGAGAACCUUGAAUGGUGAAUUGUUGAAAAACUGUAAAAUGUUUCGCGAUGGUCAGAAAUAGUAACGGAUGAAUUGUAAAUCGGGUCGGUGUUGUGUUGCUGGACCUUAGUGCAAGUUUCGUACGCCAAAUACUUUUAAGUUUAAUCUCUGCCGUAAAAAUGCGUUUGGCGUCGAAACGGAAAGAUGCAGGACAGUUUUUGCUGCUUAAUUGCUUCUUUUUGGGCUUGUGGAGUUUGAAUUUCGUACAGUGCAUGACCAACGAAAGAAAAAAGGAGCUGAAAGAAGAAGCACGUGAUAUGUUUUAUCAUGGUUACAAUGCCUACAUGGAAAAUGCCUACCCUGCUGAUGAAUUGAUGCCCCUCAGUUGCCAGGGUAGGUGGAGGGGAUCGGAUCACAGCCGUGGAGACAUUGAUGAUGCUCUGGGGAACUUUUCUCUAACCCUUGUUGACUCGUUGGAUACACUUUUUAUUUUGGGUGAUUUCGAUGAGUUUGAACGAGGUGCCAAGCUCAUCUUGAAAGAUGUUCAUUUCGACCAUGAUAUUAUUGUCUCUGUCUUUGAGACUAAUAUUCGCAUGUUGGGUGGCCUCCUCUCAGCACAUGUACUCUCUGGAUAUUUGCAAGAGCAUUAUUCGCGAAUGUUGUGGUACAAAGGAGAGUUGCUUAACAUGGCUUUUGAUCUGGGCUACAGGCUGUUGCCAGCCUUCAACACGACAACUGGCAUCCCACAUUCGAAGGUCAACCUGAAGUACGGACUUCGAAGCCAAAAGCUGAGCAACUCAAAAGAAACUUGUACGGCCUGCGCGGGCACCAUGAUUCUCGAGUUUGCAGCUUUAUCGAGACUUUCAGGUGAUCCCAUUUUUGAAGAAAGGGCUCAUAAAGCCAUGGAUGCUCUCUGGUCUCUCCGGCAUCGUAGCUCGGAUCUCAUGGGCACAGUCCUCAACAUCCACAAUGGUGAUUGGACCAGGCGGGAUUCUGGAGUUGGAGCGGGCAUCGAUUCUUACUACGAAUACUGCCUAAAAGCCUACAUUUUAUUGGGAGACGAACGGUACCUAGAACGUUUCAAUCGCCACUAUACCGCAGUCAUGAAGUACAUCAGUCAAGGCCCUUUACUACUCGAUGUGCACAUGCAUCGGCCUCACACUAAUUCACGAAAUUUCAUGGAUGCAUUGUUGGCAUUUUGGCCUGGACUGCAAGUCCUCAAAGGAGAUCUCAAGCCCGCUGUCGAAACGCACGAAAUGCUUUAUCAAGUGAUGCAGCGCCACAAUUUCCUACCCGAAGCUUUCACGACCGAUUUUCAAGUACACUGGGGUCAGCAUCCUCUCCGUCCUGAAUUUGUCGAGUCCACCUACUUUCUGUAUCGAGCUACGGGCGAUCCGUAUUACCUUGAAGCCGGUGCCAAGGUGAUGUCCAGCCUUCAGCGGUAUGCUCGCGUGCCGUGUGGAUAUGCUGCUGUAAAAGAUGUCCGUACCAGCCAACACGAAGAUCAGAUGGACUCGUUUGUACUCUCGGAGACAUUCAAGUAUUUGUAUCUACUAUUCAGCCAUCCUGAGGAUCUGCCAUUGCAAGUUGAUGACUUUGUCUUCACGACCGAAGCCCAUUUGCUACCGCUGAGUCUUGCCCGGCUCUCCAACCUCACUAGCGUACCUCUGCGCAGUUUUGAACAAGAGGAAGAACGAAAUGCCGUAGAGGAUUUCGACGUCGAACAUGCAAGAUCUUGCCCAAGCAAUCACUAUCUGUUCCCAGGCAAUCAUGGGUUUGCAGAGUCCAUUCGAUGGUCGGAAUCUAUCCGACUUCCUUUAAAAAACAUGGUAGAUAAAGUUUGUCCCACACGGCGUAGCUUGAAACGAAAGUUGAAAGCCCUGGAUUUCCAGGCUGGUAAUGGUGAACAUAUGAAGUUGCUUCGUGAUAUGGGAAUCACUGUGGUGGGACUGCCAGACGGCAGGGUCCAACUACUUCAUAGUUAUUCCCAAGCCAAAACGACAGAAGACGCCGAAGAAGGCCUGUUAUUUAUGCAGGAAAUGGUCGAGAUUUCGCGAAGUACCUCAUCACAACCGGACAAUCCACCGCGAAUCGUUUCCUUUCAGAUACACCAGUCGGACGGAGCUGCAAAAGACGUUUUACUUAAAGCGGGUCCUGCUCAGUUUGGCCUCGAUCUGAAAGAUGAUGUAAAAGUCACAGCUCGUUUGGCCAUUGGAACACCUUUCCGCAUGUGUAGGGAUCCCAUAAAUGGGGUUGAACUACGACAGAAGAUCGUCAUCAUAGAGCGGGGCGAUUGCAUGUUUGUUGAAAAGGCACGUCGGUUGCAAAAGGCAGGAGCUGUUGGUGGUAUUGUAGUUGACAACGCUCCCAGUAGUUCAGCGGACGCAGCACCACUCUUCGCCAUGUCUGGUGACGGAACAGAGGACGUAAAGAUUCCUUUGGUUUUCCUCUACUCUUCUGAUGCCGAAUUAUUGAUGAAAGCAUUGGAAGUAGAUCCUCAAAUGCAAGUGACUUUAGCCGAAUCCUCUCCUGAUCAAGAUGAGAUCUUCAGUCCCAAUGAAAUUCGCGUGGAUGAUGAAGCUUCGAUCCUUCCGACUGUUGCCGAUUUGUCGUCAGACGGCAUGGUAGAGAAACUUCGCAGCGAAGUGAAACGAAUCGUAGUUGAGCGCAUGAAAGAGGAAGCUGAGCAACUGAAAAAGUCGACAGACAGUAGCGUUGAACGUGCCAAAGGCACGUUUAUCAUUCGAAUGGAUGACAAGGGAAGUAUUGUCACCGAAGCAGUCGGUGGCGACACAGAGCAUACGCAGUUAGAGAGUUUUAUUGUGGAUGCUGAAGAGAUCGAGAAAGCUGAAAAAGAAGAAGAAGAGAAGAAAGUGAGAAGGGCCUUCACUACCCUGUUGCGAAUGACAGUUCACCUACUCUUGGCUUUGCAAGACGAACAGCAACCAACGUUAAUUCAAACCGUUCCAGAAAGAACGGUUGACUUGAGUGAUCUAUCCGAAGAUAUCCGCAAUGCCCUCGUCAAAGUUUUUCAAAGCAACAAGGCUAAUAUCAACCUUGGUAUUGCUAAACGAUCAAUUGACGAUGUGUUGUCUAGUUUCCGCGUCCUUUGGCCAGAAAAUAUUUUGCCAAGGCGCCACUUUGGAGAACUAGAAAAGAUCCUUUUGCGAUUAGCCCGUGACCCCGCUGAGGGACAAGGUGGUCUUGCUGAUCACGAACAAUGGGAUAAAGAGAAAGGCGAGAAAUUGAUUCAAUUUAUGCGGAGCAUCCGCGGCGAAUUUGCCACCCAUCUACGUCAAUUUUACAGCAAAGUAGCGGACAGGUCUGGUUUGAAUGGUGUGCACGAACCUAAACCCAACCGGACACCGGAUGAAUUAUAACAACCACAUUUUUUUGUGAAUGACCCUUUACUAUAAUUCCAUUGAUCUGGAUCGUCGAUAAAUUUUGACUGCUGCUUACUUUUCAAGUAAAAUGUUUUCUAUUUAGAAAAAAAAAAAUUAUUACCAAGUGUUCUUGCAUCACGAUCAUGAGUGGUGGAAGAUAAUCCAAGGUGAAGAAUAUCUUGACACCUUCAUGUACAGUUUUCGUCUACUGUCGUGCAUUUGUUAUUUUGUUAUCAUUUUAGUCUCCUUUUUUUAAAUUUUGGGUAUGUGAAUAAUUGGUAUCCAUUUGCUAAAGAAUAAAAUUGAACCUUUUGUCCAGCA